CGUCGAGUGCCGUGUUGAAAACGUUUGAAAAAUAAAUUCCGUAGAUCGGACGUGUCACUAAGAAAACUCAAAAAACAAAUCCAAUCUAAAAUGCACAAUCCACGACCGCAUAGCGACAACAAGUCGUUUACGUUUCCAUUCCAAUGUAUUGCGUUGAAAAUGGUUGGUGCAUGGCCGUUGGAAAAUUCCGAUUCGCCCAAUUUUAUUGGAAUUUUAUAUUAUGCAUGGUCCUAUACCAUCAUAAUACUAAUUACUUUAACGUGUUUGGCUCAAUCUUCAUUUGUGUUUUAUGCUUGGGGUGAUAUAUUAACGGUUACUGAAUGUGGAUGCACAGUCUUAAUGGGAAUUCAUAAUUUAUUACGUUUAAUUCAUUUAAACCGUAGACGUGGUGCUCUCAAGGAUUUGACAACGGAAUUCGUGAACAACAUUUGGAUAUCACAAGAUAGCAACCAAUUCGUGGCAAGAAAGUGUGAAAAGGACACCGUUCUGCUAAAAGUAAUAUCCGCCAUGUUGUUUGUCCUAAUAUGCAUGUAUGUCAUUCUACCACUGUUCGAACUCAUCCACGUAACCGAUAGUGGCAGCAAACCGUUUCCGUACAAAAUGAUUUUUCCGUACGAUGCCUACAGCACCUUUCCAUAUGUAGUAACGUAUUUUCUCACAUCAUUGGCUGGAUUCGGUGUGGUAACUACUUUAUUUGCCGAAGAUAGUUUGUUCGGAUUUUUUGUCGCUUAUACGUGCGGACAGUUUGCGAUUUUGCAUGAGAAAAUCAACGGUAUUAUUGACCGGGUGGAUAAAAAGUCAACGAACGCCGAUCUCGAGAUGAGUCUGUGCGCCAGAGAAAUGAAGAGAAAGCUUCGAUUGAAACUGAUAAUCGAUCAUCAUAACACAAUUACAAAGUUCUGCGAGCACAUGGAGGAAUUUUUCAGUCCAAUAUUACUUGUAAAUUUUACGAUAAGUUCAUUUUUAAUAUGCUUGGUGGGCUUUCAAAUAGCUGCGGUAAAGAUGACACUAGGAAAUUUAGCUAAGCUGCUAAUUUACAUAGUAUCAGCGUUGUCACAGUUGUUCAUUUUAUGUUGGAAAGGAGACAGAUUGAUUGAAUGCGGCUCGUUAACAUCAUGGAAAUUCUAUUCAUGUGAAUGGGAACUGUUACACGAUUGGCAAUAUCCUCAAUCUCCGAACAACAACAAUAAACACUGGAAUCGUAAAACAACUCUAAACUGCCCAAGCGGCACCAGUUUCAUCCGAGAUAUUGCAUUUUCCAUACUGCGAUCACAGAAGCCACUUUGCAUAACUGCAUUUAAGUUCUCAAUAUUGUCGCUGAAAAGUUUCACAGCAAUACUGAGCACAUCGUUAUCAUACUUUACGCUUUUACAAAGUUUGGUAGAGAAAAACGAAUAACUUAACAUAAUUGUAUCAGAAACUUUUCGAUAAACAUAUCUCAGUCUAGGAACAAACAACGGGAGAUUAUGUUUUGGAGGAAAGUCGGUAAAAUAAAACGAAAUAUAAAAAGAUGUUGAAGUA